AUGCGGGGCCCGGGGCUGGCGCUGGCGCUGGGGCUGCUGCUGCUGCUGGGCGCGGCGUGGCUGGCGUGCGGGCAGAACGAGACGGAGCCCAUCGUGCUGGAGGGGAAGUGCCUCGUGGUGUGCGACUCCAACCCCACGUCCGAUCCCACCGGCACGGCGCUCGGCAUCUCCGUGCGCUCCGGCAGCGCCAAGGUCGCCUUCUCCGCCAUCCGCAGCACCAACCACGAGCCCUCCGAGAUGAGCAACCGCACCAUGAUCAUCUACUUCGACCAGGUACUAGUGAACAUCGGCAGCAACUUCGACUCGGAGAGGAGCACUUUCAUAGCGCCCAGGAAAGGGAUUUACAGUUUUAAUUUUCACGUGGUGAAAGUCUACAACAGGCAAACCAUCCAGGUGAGUUUGAUGCUAAAUGGGUGGCCAGUGAUUUCUGCCUUUGCAGGGGACCAAGAUGUGACCCGAGAAGCUGCUAGCAAUGGAGUCCUGAUUCAGAUGGAGAAAGGAGACAGAGCUUAUCUAAAACUGGAGAGAGGCAACUUGAUGGGAGGCUGGAAGUAUUCGACGUUCUCUGGAUUUCUAGUGUUCCCACUUUAAAGCACUUCUCAACCGAGCAAAGGGAGAACCGCAAGUCAGAGAAUCUCUUACAAAUUCCCAAGUCGUAGCUGGGUUUAAAGAGCCGUGGACAGCAGACUUUUUACAUUCAAAUAUUAAAGAAGCUAAAUCCUGCUUAGGUUUGUGUACAUCCGCUUUGAAGAAUUACUACUUAUUUUUGUUGUGUUGCAGCCAACAGGCGGGAGACACUAUAAUUGAUCAAACCCCCAUUUAUAUUCCUCUCUCUCCUCCCACAAAAUUAGUUCCCAUCUCUGUGUCACUGGUGUAAUCUGCCAUCGUUCCCCCAUGGUUUCUGCCUCACACAAGUAGGCUUUAGAUAUUUUCAUUGUCCUUUACAGCAUAUUUUGUAGUUUUGUUUUUAAAACAUGUUAAUCUUGACUCUUUCUCUGAGUUUAACUUUUAAAAAAGCAAAGUAUUUUUGAAUACGUGGAUGCCAUGAUGGAAGGAAAAAUGCAAUUCUUGCUGUGUACUGGCUGGCUAAAGGAAAAAUUUAUACAUGAAGAACUAUUCACAGCUAAGGCUGACUAGAGUAUUUCAAUAUUUCUAUGUAAUUCUGAGUGAUUGUGAAAUUUAAGGCUGCUAAAUGUUUUGAUGCUUGUUUUGCUCUUGUAAAAUGUGGCCCAACUAAAUGCCAGGAAGUAUAUUGAACUUUUACUAUUACUCUGUAAUAUAUGUGUGAAUAUCGAAAAUUACUUUUUGCUUUAAUUCAAUAAAGUUUCAAUGGGACUUUUAUUUUUCUUAACCAGAAAUAAGGUUCCUCAAUGCAGGCAGGCGGGGUCGGCGCAGUGCAGGCAGCGGGGCAGGAGAAGCGCGCAGCCCCCGGGCAGGGCUGGCGGCCCCACCGCUAGGCAGCUUCCCGCAGGCUCUCACAUCCGAUUAUUGAUAGCAUUUAUCUGUAUG